CCCAUCCAAUCAACUACGUUUGCCCACUAAAACCUUUCACCACGGCCAAAUCUGGUCUUGACGACACCCCCGACCCCGACUCCUUGUCACUGUGGGCUUUCCCAUCCUUCUCCGUUCAGUAAUCAGUACCGCCUGCCAUUUAAGGACGUCAUUUUUCACCGUCUCAUCGCUUUCGCCGCUUUCUCUUCUUCACCCUCCCUUAUUUCGAUUAAACCUUUGAAACAGUCAGUUGAACUUAUUCUCCAUCAUGUUUACACAAAAAUUACCGAAUUCGAAAGAGACAGAUCAUCUGAAGAGUGCGCAAGAAGAUGCCUUCGCCAAGGUAAAUGCACUUCUUUUCAAUGAUAUAAGCGCGAAAUUUAAGGCGUAUCCAUCAAUGGAUAUGACCGCUCUACUAGAACAAAAACGCAAAACAUACUCUGCUUUACGGAAAGCAUUCGGUGAUGAAGCUGUGCAAUCAGCAAUCUCUGCAUCAGAUGCUUCACACACUGAACCGACGGUGGAUUCUCCCGAUGUAAGGGAUUGUUUCCAAAUCCCAGCAGAUGUGAAGGUUGUUCAACCGUUAAAAAAGACUGUGCUCCAAGCAGUACAGACAGGUUCAUUUUCUGGUCAAACCGAUCCAGAUUCAUCCGCCAUUAUUGGGGGACUCAACAGGCUACUAGCUUCCUGUGAGAUCGUCUGGCACCUAGGAUCAACCGCGGUGUUGGGCCUCAACUCAGAACUCAUUGUGAAAGUUGGGUAUGACAUCGAUAUCAAUCACAUACACACUCUGGAUUAUAUUAAGCAGCAGGCGCCGGAUACUCCAAUCCCGGAGAUCCAUGGCAUUCUCCAACAAUCAGACAGCAAGCGCAUCUUCCUGUUCAUGUCGCGACUCCCUGGCGAGCCUUUGGACAGCAAAUGGAGACUUUUGAACACAGACCAGAAAACCUCAAUAAAAGUGCAGCUGGGAGCUAUUGUCAAGAACUUCAGGUCCAUUCCCGCUCCACCAGCUGAAGAGGCCAAUGCAGUGCUUGGUGGCGGCAACCCUCGUCGGUGUAAAGACACGCGAAGACAAGUUCGCAUUGCAACAGGACCUAUAAGUAAUGAAAUCGAAUUCAAUCAAUUCCUUGUUUCAAAUUCAACACGGUCCGAGUGUGAUGGAAUAGCCAUGAUAAAAUCUUACCUUGACACCAACCAUAAGAUUGUGAUGACCCAUGGUGAUCUCCAUCCUCGAAACAUCAUGGUAACCAUCAAUCCGCGAUCCUCCGACCGAGAUGGAGGUGAGGCGUCCUUUCAAAAAGCACUCGACACAACAACUGGGACGAGCGAUCUAUCAAAUUCUCAAGUGACAGUCACAGGUAUUCUUGACUGGGAAAUGUGCGGCUGGUAUCCGGAGUACUGGGAGUAUGUGAAAGCGCUGAACACCAUCACUAUUGGAGGUGAUUUCGGUGAUUGGUGGAGUUACUUGCCGGAUAACAUUGGUGUAUGGCCUAAGGAACAUGCAGUUGAUGUAAUGCUCAGCAGAUGGCAUGGUUGAGCUGGUAUGAAUAUGUUGUGACGGCCUGGUCACGUUGGUUGGUUAUCACGUGAGCUACCUAGGAAGAACCCAUGAGUUGGAAGUUUCAUUAUCCUAGCAGAGCGCCGUGACUAUGUCAAUUCACCAGAGAAACAGCGGUUUUCCAGGGAGGC